GGCGUUUUCCCGGGAUUUGGGGAACAGAAGCGUUUUGGGGCCGUUCCGAUGGGAUUUUGGGGCGUUUUCCCGGGAUUUGGGGGCAGAUGGAGCGGGAGAUGCGGCACAAGCUGAAAACGGCCUUCAAGAACUUCAUCGAGAAGGUGGAGGCGCUGACCAAGGAGGAGCUGGAGUUCGAGGUGCCCUUCCGGGAGCUGGGGUUCAAUGGCGCCCCCUACCGCAGCACCUGCCUCCUGCAGCCCACGAGCAGCGCCCUGGUGAACUGCACCGAGUGGCCGCCGUUCGUGGUGACGCUGGACGAGGUGGAGCUGAUCCACUUUGAGCGGGUGCAAUUCCACCUGAAGAACUUCGACCUGGUGAUCGUGUACAAGGACUACGCGCGCAAGGUGACGAUGAUCAACGCCAUCCCCGUGGCCUCGCUCGACCCCAUCAAGGAGUGGCUCAACUCCUGUGACCUCAAGUACACCGAGGGCGUGCAGUCCCUCAACUGGACCAAGAUCAUGAAAACCAUCGUGGACGACCCCGAGGGCUUCUUCGAGCAGGGGGGGUGGAGCUUCCUGGAGCCCGAGGGGGAG